CCAAAUUUCAGUCCUUUUCCCGGAAAAUUCCCCUUUUUUGUUUGUCCAGAGAUUUGCUGCGAUUCAACAUGGGGUUCACUCCCAUCCCCUUCUUGUGACCCCCUCCUUAUCCAGUUUUUGUUCCCAUUCCUUUCUGGGCGUUUUCUUGAUUCUUUCGCCUUCUUGUUCCCCGUUCGUUUCUGGGCUAUAAAAGCAUGAGGACCAUGGCGAUUCCCUAUCCCCAUUUCCUCGGCUCCGAGAAGCCUGCCAUGGAGGCUGGCUUGUUGGGUCCCCCUCCGUCCCCUCCCUCCUCCUCCGCCGCUUCCUUGCCUCCUCCCGUCGCCGCCCUCACCCAGGACAACCUCAAGAGGAUCGCCGCCUACAAGGCCGUCGACUACGUCCAGUCCGGGAUGGUCGUCGGCCUCGGCACCGGCUCCACCGCCUGCCACGCCGUCGACCGCAUCGCCGACCUCCUCCGCCAGGGCAAGCUCUCCGGCAUCGUCGGCAUCCCCACCUCCACCCAGACCCACCAGCAGGCCCUCUCCCUCGGCAUCCCCCUCUCCGACCUCGACUCCCAUCCCUCCCUCGACUUGGCCAUCGACGGCGCCGACGAGGUCGACCCCUACCUCAAUCUCGUCAAGGGCCGGGGCGGGUCGCUGCUCAGGGAGAAGAUGGUCGAGGGGGCUUGCAAGAAGUUCGUUGUCAUCGUCGACGAGAGCAAGCUCGUCAAGCAUCUGGGAGGCAGCGGUCUUGCCAUGCCGGUCGAGAUCGUGCCCUUCUGCUGGAAGUUCACUGCCGAGAGGCUGCGGCUCCUCUUCGAGGACGCUGGGUGCGCCGCCAAGCUGCGGACUUUCUCGGAGACUGGGGAGCCCUUUGUGACCGACAACAAGAAUUACAUUGUGGACUUGUACUUCAAGAAGGACAUUGGGGACUUGAAGGCGGCGAGCGACGCCAUACUGCGGCUGGCUGGAGUUGUCGAGCAUGGGAUGUUCAUCGACAUGGCGACCACGGUGAUCGUGGCGGGGAAGCUCGGGGUUAAGGUGCUGAACAAAUAGUGAACCAAUGCCACAAUGGAGUGGUUAUUUCUAACAGAUUUAUUAGUCGGAGUACCUGAAAUACGGUAUUGUUUAGGCGAGCCGGCAAAGUUUCGGCCGGUGAUCAUGGGGAAGGUCAAGUUUUUUUUUUUUUUCAAUUCUUUUUCCCUUUUAUUUAUAGGACGCUAGGAAGAACAGUAUGUGGCAGGAGUCCACUCAAAUUUUGCUGUUGUCUGGCGAGAAAGUUUGGGGGGAACAUUGAAACAUUUAAGGCUUUCUUAGGAAAGCUGAUUGACAAUCUUCUGUAUACCUGAAAUCAUGCUCUUUUUAAUGCAAGUUCUGCUUUAUUUACU